AUGGCCAAAAGCUCAGAUAUUCACGUCCUCUUCAAACCUCUGUCGAUUCAAGGCCGUCAAAAUGAGACUCUAGAUCUCCUUGCAGAUGACGUCGACUGGACGAUCAUGGGCCACUCACCAAUGUCGCGCAAAUACACCGGCAAGCAAGACUUUGUCGACAACACUUUGAAAGUGCUUAGAGAAAGAGUCCUUACCGAGCCAUUGAGGUUGGAGGUCAGCAAUGUCAUUGGGACCUUGGAAGGCGAAGGAGACGACAUCCACGGCGAGGUGGCGGUAGAACUAGCAGCUGUCGAGGCCGUGUGUAAGAACGGGUUGACGUAUGAUAUGCGUUAUGCUUGGAUCUGUAAAUUUCAGAGGGGGAGGAUUGUGAGAGUCCGCGCCUACCUCGACACCGACCUCCUUACGCGCGCAAUGGAACAGAAUCCAUGA